AUGCGAAAGUUGGAAUGGGACGACAUGGGAGUGAAGGUUGAUGGUUGGCAGCUACACCAUUUGCACUUUGCUGAUGACAUCGUACUGAUAACACCUAGCAUCAGCCAAGCGGAACGAAUGCUGACCGAAUUCAACGAAACAUGUGGAUGCAUCGGUCUUCAGCUGAAUCUACAAAAGACGAUGUUCAUGCGGAACGGAUGGGUCUCGGAUGCCCCAUUCACCUCAACGGAACGAACAUAUCCGAAUGCACCAGCUACGUUCAUCUAG